AUGGCAUAUCCAACUAUCCCACCCUCGUCAUGCUCCUCUGGAGUCAUUCCAACGCCUUUUCUGUUCGGGGCGGAGAUCAUCUCCUUAGCCGCCUCCCCGAUCCUCAAUUUCACGGGUGUUGCUCCUGAAAAAUAUUACUAUAACCACCCAACUGUUGUGGCAAAUCAGGUCAACUUCUGUAACAUUACCGUUACAUACACGCACCCUGGCCAAAAUGACGUUAUUAAUAUUGAGACAUGGCUUCCUCUUGACACUUGGAAUGGCCGCCUUCAGGCCGUUGGCGGUGGCGGCUGGACACUUGGUCGUUUCCCACUUUCGACUAUGGCAAUGACAGGUGCAAUCGGCCAGGGCUACGUAACUACUACCACGGAUGCUGGUAUACGGGGCAAAGACGGCCAAGCUGCAUAUGCGCCAGAUGAUUGGGUCCUUGUGAGUGAGGGAAAUAUCAACCUAUACAAUGUUCAAAACUUUGCCUCCGUGUCCCUCAACGAUCAAGCGAUCAUUGCGAAGGCUUUGAUCAAGAGCUUCUAUGGCCAGGGUCCCGAGUAUUCUUACUGGAGCGGAUGCUCACAAGGAGGGAGACAGGGUAUGAUGCUUGCGCAACGUUACCCCCAUGCAUACGAUGGCAUUGCUGCGGCUGCUCCGGCUAUCAGCGUUUUAGAGCUCUUCGCCGGUACUCUUUGGGCGCAGGUUACUAUGUUGGACCGAGGGGAGUAUCCUGCCCCUUGCGAAUUUAAUUUUAUAACCAGUGCUGUUAUUUCAUUCUGCGAUCCCUUGGAUGGAAUUAUAGAUGGGCUUAUUUCGGACGAAUCACUCUGCCAAUUUGAUCCAAUGGCUCUUGUUGGAGAGUCUUUUAUAUGUCCCGACACAAACAAAACCAUCACCCUGAGCGAAACUGCCGCAGUGGUCGCAAAGGCUGCUUGGACUGGUCCGCGAUCCCCAAUGAAUGAUUUUAUUUGGUAUGGGCCUAACGUGGAUUCUCGGCUAUCUGGAGAAGUCAAUGGCCCCGUCGCGACACAAGCUGACCUGGGUUAUGCCCAGACAAAAUGCCAAAAUGAAACGUGCACCGGCGUUCCAGUUGGACUGGGAGAUGCGUGGUUCAAAUAUUUCAUGGAGAAAAACUCUACUUGGUCAUGGACAAACCUGAAUAAAAAGUCAUUUGCGAAGCUAUACUACGAUUCAGUCCAGUACCAGUCGAUUCUUGGGUCAAACGAUCCCGACUUGUCGGAAUUUCAUGCUGCCGGUGGCAAGAUCAUCACAUAUCAUGGCAUGGCGGAUGGUCUGAUUCCCCUAAAGGGUACAGUGGACUAUUAUAGCAAGGUCCAGGAGCUUGUCCCGCAUGUCCAAGACUUUUAUCGCCUUUUUGAGGUUCCAGGCCUAGCCCACUGCUCUGGUGGUAAUGGCGGACAACCAACGGCUACUUGGGACGCUCUCCUUAGGUGGGUAGAAAACGGCACAGCACCAGAUACAUUGCCUAUCUCGCUUACUGACCCAGAUGGAGUGGUACGAAACCGGAUCCUCUGUCCCUAUCCCCAAAAGUCAGCAAUGAAAACCGGCUUCCCGCCUAACUCAACUGCAUCAGAAGCCUGGGAGUGUCGGUAG